CAUGAGGUUAGAGUAGCUUCGUGUUAGAGAAAAGGGAUCAGACUCACUAACUGGAACUCUGUCCUCUGGUCUCCUGGUUUGGAUCUUAAAUGACUGAAGACACACAAGGGAGAAGAUGAUCUGCAGCAUCCUGCUGCUCAUCAUCCUGACCUCCUGUGUCUCUGGAACAUUUGUAGUGAAUGUGACCCAGACCUCCUAUCAGGCAGAGGAGAACCACGACAUCACACUGGAGUGGACCUUCACAACCAACCCUCACAGUUCCUCCAACUCUCUUUCUAUCUUCUGUGAACUGUUAACUGUCCUCAGACCCCCAGUCUUGUUUCAUCUCCAUGAAGGAGUUGAUGUCCCAGAGUCUCAGGAUGAACAGUUUGCAGGACGAGUCCAGUGGGACAAAGACGUCCUCAGAGAAGGACGACUCAGACUUCAUGUGUCCAGACUCAGGACUGAAGACUCGGGACUGUAUGUGUGUAAAGUGUUCACAAGUCACGGGAGUAACUCUGGUAAACGUUGGCUCAAUGUCACUGCAGCUGCUGAUGAGCCCAAACCUCAGAGACCAACAGUGAGACCAGAACCAGAGAGUCUGAAAUACAUCUGGAUCCUCUACGCUGGACUGGCAGCAGCAGUAGUGACAGCAGCAGUUCUACUGAUUCUCUACCUCAAACACCUCUUUGUCUUCAAUCCUUGUUUUAAAUCUAUUAAUAAAUAUUGUUCAUGUAACUACAGGUUUCAGUCUAAAUUCAGUUAUUAAAGCAGAAAUGACUAAUAUCAGUGUAAAUAA